CUCAUUCUUCCGGGUUCGAUCACUCCACCUCCACGUGAGCGCUAUCUCGCCAUAGUAAUGUCAACAAACUGUAUAACGAUGAACGGAGACGGGGACGAGGAGUUCACGGUGUUUGUGGCCCUGCACGCCGGGGCCCUGCAGUCCUCAGGGAUACCCCCACUCUACUGGAGGAGCCUCCACCACAAAAUCACCAGCGAGAUUUAUGAUGCUGGCGAAGUUUUCGGAAUCAUGCAGUUCCAAGAAGAAGAAAACGACGAGGAAAAUGAACAGACUGAGGAGGAGGAGAAAAAGAAAGACAAUCCUGGAGCAGUGAUCAGCUGUAAAGUGGUUGUGACCCGGGAGAGCGGGCUGCAAGCCGCAGAGCCGACCAGUGUUUUCCUGGUGGAUCACGCCUGGACGUACCGUGUAGAUCACGCCCGUCAGCAGCUGGAGCAGGCGCCCGGCCUGCUACCCAGAAUGGCCACCCUCAUGGGGGUUGACUUCCACGGUGAGGCCCCUGACCCGGAUGUGGUGGAGCUGGUGAUGGAGCGCAUGUGGAAGUACAACCAGACAUAUCACCUCUCCCAGGGGUCUGCGGAGGAGAAGGUUCCAGUGUGGUACGUCAUGGAUGAGUUUGGCUCCCAGGUGCAGCACUCUGACCAGCCCAGCUGUGGGAUGGCUCCGUUCUUCUACAUUCAGGGCCAGCUGGCCUACUCCGUGCUCUGGCCUCUGCGGGACCUGCAAGAAGGAGAUGAAGUAACCCGAGAUUAUACGUAUGGCGAGACAAACUCCCUGGUAAGGCGAUGCCGCCUGUUACCGUGGAUACUUGCUGAUCUAGAACAGGUCAGCAGUGUCACCGCCGAGCCCCCGGACUCAUACUAUGAGACCAUUUUACGGGAGAAUGAGGAGCAGCUUCCUGUAGAAAUCCAACCCUACAAUGUGCCCAAGGACAAAAUCCUCAAGGUUUACUCUGAAAUGUCUCAGGUAACCAACAACCUGACACAUCCGCGGUUCCAGAUGACAGAGGAAGAGGAGGAGGCUGAUAUCUUGUGGCGCUAUAAUCACAUCAAAGACUACAGGAAGCUGAGCGAGGAGAGACCUCAUGUGAUGCUCAACCAGUUUCCCUGUGAGAGCAUCGUCACUGUGAAGGACUGCCUGGCUGCCGUGGCCCGCAGAAUGAAAGGCGGACCAGCACCUGAUUGGCUACCAGAAACCUUCAACCUCCAAACAGAACUGCCACAGUUUAUCAAGCAUUAUCAGCUGAGACAACAAAGGGGAGAGGAUAACCACUGGAUCUGUAAGCCCUGGAACUUGGCCCGUGGACUGGACACACACAUUACCAACAACCUGGACUACAUAAUCAGACAAAGAGAGAGUACACCAAAGGUGGUGUGUAAGUACCUUGAAGAUCCAGUGCUGUUCCAAAGAGAGGAGGUGGGAAUGGUGAAGUUUGACAUUCGCUACAUGCUGAUGUUGCGCUCUGUGAAUCCUCUGCGUCUCUAUGCCUACAACGUCUUCUGGUUGCGCUUUGCUAAUAGACCUUUCUCCUUGGACCAUUUUGAUGAUUACCAAAAGCACUUCACCGUCAUGAACUAUGCAGAAGGCGUGGAGCUUAAACAGGUGCACUACGAUGAGUUCAUCCCCAUGUUUGAAGAACAGUACCCACAGUGUCCGUGGAAGGAGGUGGAAGCAGAGUUGUUUAAAGCAUUCCGGGAACUCUUCCAGGCAGCUUCGUCUCGACCAGCUCCUUAUGGUGUUUGUCCCUACCCAUCAUCCCGGGCAAUCUAUGCUGUAGACCUCAUGUUGAAGUGGAGUACAGGGCAAAAUGGUGAGCGGGUCAUGCAGCCUCAGAUCCUGGAGUUGAACUUCAGCCCAGACUGCGCCCGGGCCUGCCUCUACCACCCCUCUUUCUACAAUCACAUGUUCCAGACGCUGUUCCUGGAUCAGCCUGAGCACUGCCCGGUCACACAGAUUGCAUGAAUCAACUCAACAGCAGAGGGGAGUGUCUGCAGUCAUAUUUUUCCCUCAAUACUUUUCCAUCUCCUUUCACACUUCCUCUUUGUAACUGUCCCUCUGUUGGUUUGUCAGUUUCUCGUUUAACCGUCUACUUUCCAAAUGAUUUUAAGAUCCUCUGUAGCUCAGUUUGUCAUAAACCCAGUUGCCUUUUUCAUUUCAAUGCAAUGAUUACAAAGUUGUUUGCAAUACUGCUUGUGUUAUAAACCCGGUGAUUAAAACCAGAACGCUAUUGUACAAAUGAGAAGCAAUAAAAACAAUGUUGGAUCAAC